GAAGAAGUUAUGCUACUGUAAACCAGCUGCUUUAGCUGAACAAUUGCAUAGACUUAUAAAACAAAAUACUACCAAAAAAGAGAAAGAUUCGGAACCCACAUAAGCUGGGAGAUGGCAAAAUAAGUGGCAGCAAACCUCUGACAAAACAAGUUGGCAGCACUACGCAGGCAGAAAUGGCACAAAACACCAAGAUCUCCAUGGCUACUAAAGUAAUAUAGGGGAAAUAAGAAGAACAAAACAGGAAUUCAGAUAAUUUUUAAUAGAGACAAAAUGCUGAAGCUUAGCAAAGCUUAGCAGUCCUGCUAGAGCUAAAAUAAACUGGUACAGCUGCAGGAAGAAACUGAGCAAACCCCAGUUUUCAGGAUUGCUCCCCAGGAUUACCGGACUGCUGAUCGCUGUUGGUUUAAAAAUGGUUGUUUGGGGUGUUCUUUGGGGAAAGUAAGAAGCAGACAAGCAAGACGUAAGGCAGAUAAAAAACCAAAGCUAACAUAAAUCAAGUCCCACAAAGAGCAGCUAAAUUAACAAGAACAUCUGAGAAAGGAUGUAAUCCAGUCUAACUGGGAAGUUUCUCCUGAGCAAUGCUAAAAAUUAAAUCUUUGUCCUAUGACAAAUUAUAUAAGAAAAGACAAUGAAAAUUAAGUAAUAUUGAUUUCAAAACUUCUAUCUGUAAAUUUGAGAAUAAAUACUACAUUUAAUAUCAAAGAAAACAGUGGUGUAACGUGACAGAAGCUUUUUCAGCUUUAAGAUGGUAAGCAAAACAUCUCAACAGUAGAUGUGGCAGCAGUUAGGAAAGCAGAGUUGGUAGCAAAGAAUAACUUACCGAUUAUGAAACUCUACAGUUGCUAUAGUAAGGUUUAGAAUGGUGCAUAUGGGGCAAAAAAAAUAUGUUUGGAAGACCAAGAAAAGACUUCUAAAUUAUGUCUGGAGCAAAAAACCAAAACAAAACAAGAAAGGUCAAUUGCCUAGAUUUAUGAGCAGGUAAAAUUACAAGUACUGACAGGAAAAAAAGAGUGAGUGUCAGUGUGCUGUACUUGGAAGAGAGCAGGAUGAGGCACUGGUCUCUUCGUAUGCCUGGGUUUUGUUCCAGCCGACCAAAGAAACGGCCCGAGACCUCCUUAGGGCACAUGCUUCCCCCACAUCGCCAAGACGGUUUAGGGACUACGGCAGGCCGCGCGUUCCAGGAAACGUUUCGGCCUGUAGCGUUUUAGCCGAGGCGUUUAACAGGCACCCCGGGGGCAGGCCGCUCCAGGCAGAUCCCGCCGAAGGAGGGGAGCUCCCGCCCGCCGCCAGCGCUGCCAUCGGUCCUCCGGGCCAACCACAGAGGAGAGGCAGGGGCGGCCCGAUAAGCCGAGCCGGGGGGUGGGCCGCGACGCGGAAGUGCUGAAGCCGGCGGCGCUGCCCGGCGGCGGGCAGGAGGGUCCGCCGGGGCGGGCGCAUGGUGGCGGGGCGGCGCAGGAUGCUGAAGCUGGCCGCGGGGCUGCUGGCGGCGGCCGCCGUGGCGCUGCUGCUGGAUUGGUACGUGCCUUCGGGGGCGCCAACGCCCGCGGCGGGGCAGCGCUGGCGGGACCCCCGGCCCGCCCCCGGGGCGGAGGCCGCCAACCUGCUGUGGGUGGUGCAGGUGUCAGAUAUUCAUAUCAGUAGAUUUCGGGAUCCCAAACGAGCUCCUGACUUUGAAAAAUUCUGUUCUGAAACAAUUGAUAUAAUUCAGCCAGCACUUGUUCUAGCGACAGGUGACCUGACAGAUGCGAAGACAAGAGAUAAACUGGGAUCUGAGCAGGUUGAAGUAGAAUGGAAAACCUACCAGUCAAUCCUGAAAAGAUCGAGGGUCAUGGAAAAAACCAAGUGGAUAGACAUUAAAGGGAAUCACGAUUCAUUCAAUAUUCCACACCUGAAUAGCGUUCAGAAUUACUACAGGAAAUACUCUGCCUGGCAUAAAGAUGGCUCUUUCCAUUACAUCCACACCACCCCUUUUGGGAACUAUUCAUUCAUCUGUGUGGAUGCCACACUCAGCCCAGGCCCUAAGAGACCCUAUAAUUUCUUCGGGAUUUUAAACACGAAUCAAAUGAAAGAACUAUCUUUAAUGGCAACACAAAGUCUGCACAGCAAUCAUACUGUCUGGUUUGGCCAUUUUCCCACCUCAACAAUCAUCUCCCCAGCCCCAGGAAUACGAGCACUGAUGAGUUCUGCCACGGCCUAUUUAUGUGGACAUCUCCAUACGCUGGGUGGGCUGAUGCCAGUCUUGCACAGUCAGCACCGUGGCGGCACUCUGGAACUUGAACUGGGAGACUGGAUGGAUAAUAGGAGGUACCGGAUCCUUGCAUUUGAUCAUGACCUCCUGAGCUUUGCAGAUCUUACUUUUGAAGAAUGGCCUGUAGUCCUCAUCACCAAUCCCAAAUCCUUCCUUUACAGCAGUUCUGCUCAUGAACCACUAGCCAAAAUUCUUUAUUCCACUCAUAUCAGAAUUCUGGCCUUCUCUCCUUCUGUCAUUACCUCCGUCAAAGUCUCUAUAGAUGGAGUUUACUUGGGGAACGCGCAUCAGGUAUCUGGGCCUCUCUAUGUACUGAAGUGGAGCCCGCAGAACUACAGUGAAGGGUUCCAUCACAUAGAUGUGACUGUCCAGGAUGCUUCAGGUAGAAUUAGCACGCGGAGUCAUGUAUUUGCUCUGGAAGAAACCCUCUCUCUUAGAUUUGACUUUUGGCCAUCUGUUAUCCUUCUCACCGACCACUAUGUUCUAGCUCGUGUGCUCUUUGGACUGAUUGUGCUGAUUCAGAUCACCUUGCUUGUUAUUUUCAGAUAUCUCCAAAAGCCAGCACUCAAAGAAAAGCCAGGAUUACUUACUCUGACCUCGUAUUCCCUUCAUGUCUUCAGUAAAAUAGACACCUUCUAUUACUCAAUUCUGCUUCUAAAUUUAUACACCAUUCUGGGACCAUGGUUUGUAGGUGAACUGAUAGAUGGCCAUGUGGGGGUCUGCUUUUCCUUUGGGGUCUUCGUUGGUGGUUCCUUCGUACAGGGCAGUCUGACAUUUGUGGUUGGGAUUUUACAGAAAGGAGCCUUGGCAGGAUGGAGCAGAUCAGUGGCCACGCCUGACUACAACAGCUCUUUCUCAACUUGCUGCAAAUUUAAAGGGCAGAAAGGAAGGAGAUGUUGUUUUUCAACCUGCCACUGAUGGCCUAUCUGUGCUGGUGCCUGUUGCUGCGAUGCCAGGGCCACAGCUUCUGUUCUCACAUCCGUCAGGUCCGACACAUCAUGGCUGUGCUUGUUCACCUGGCAAUGACACUCCUCCUGGCCUGGCAGGUCUAUUCCUGCUAUAUCCUGCAGCGAACCUAUGGGACAUUGGCAUUCUUCCUCUCCCCAAUGAGAACGUGGCUGGUGGUGCUGACCUCAGCUCUGAUUUAUAAGACCUGGACACUGAAAUCAUCUCAGCUCAGAACUUAUAUUGUAGAAAUGAAAAACUGUCAGAGCUCCUGAAGUACAAUCUAAGUACUGAAAGUUCUUUGACUUAAAAACUGCCAAGGCACAGCCUAUAGUUUUGUGAUGCUGGAAUUCCAUACAGCCCAACCGUUAGGUGCUAAGAUGUGAAGCUGCACCUGCAUUGCUACAGAGCUGUAUGAAACAGUAAAUGUAUAACAAUAUGUAAUAUAUACUUUUAUUGUAUUAUACAAUAUACUGUAUAAUACAUGUUAUAUAAUACAGUUAUACACUAUACAUUAAUACAGUAUACAGUAAACUGUAGAAUAAUCUCUUUAACAGGGGUUUUUGUGAUACAGAAGCUAGAUAUGUCCAUGUGGAUCACAAAUGGAAAUUUACUACUGUGAAUGGAAAAACAUUUUUGAAUUCAUUAAAUUCUUGAUUUUUAUAAUGCUGGGGAACAUGAGAAUAGAUCUUGAUUAUGAGCCCUAGGGUUUCUGCUUAACUUUUUGCUUUUUAUUUGAGGAUUUAUGUUUCUUUUUACAAGACUAGACCAGAUGUCUUUAUGAAGUAAUGGUUAUUGCAAAGGUGCUGCGGUGGCCUUCACUGUAGGAGUCCUUUGCUUACACAGUUCAUAAUGCUGUAUGCAAGCAGUUUACAGGCUGGUAGGUGUGUUUAUGUGUAUUUAUGUUUAUCUGAGCCAUGGCCUAUUGCUCUUGUCCUGGAAGGGCUGCUGAAUUAACAUGCCCUCUCUCUGGGAGGAAGGAGUUAUGUCUUCCACUGCUGAAGUUGCCAAUUUUCCCACACUGACCAGUGAAAGGACAGCAAGUGAUCGGUGUUGCUGGGAUUCCCAGCUGCAGGCAGAGUGCAGCUUUAAAGCGAAGAAUGGAGACAAUGUCCUCAUGAUGGGAGAGCCUGAAGGAAUCAAGGAAUCGUGUGGACUGAUGCCGAUCGUGUCUGUAAGCAAAGUCAGGGCUCUAUUUCUGGGUGGCAGUCAAAUGCGCCAAAGAGUGACCUGACAAAACCCAUUUCUUGGUUUUCACUUUUUCUAAGUCUAAAAAUGAUGAACAGUUACAUUUAUGAAGAAUGUGAUGAUGCAGAGUCAGGAGAGCUGAGGUGCCUUUAUCUGUAACGUCAGGAGGAGGCUGGCCUGCUUCACAAAGCUGCUCUAAGUGGAACAUUUAAAAUACCCUCAGUAACUUUACAGUAACUUAUUUAUGGCUCCCCAGGAGAAAGGAGGGACAAUUUAUUUAUAGCACCUUAGCAAUGACUGCAGAAGAACCUACAGGAAACGAAAUUGAAUUGGAAGAAAAUCUUAACUACAACUAAGACUUUCUGUUGUUUUUAAAAGGUGACAGCUUUCCUAUUCCUUAAUUCCUCAGUGAUUGACAAUGUAAUAAGAAAAAGAGAGUAACGGCUCUCAUUUGCAUCAGUUAAAUACAUUAAGAGAAUACAGUGUCAUUUGUUGCUACAUGUGUUUCUUUUGCAAGACUAUUAGAACAUCGGAGGCAGGGCACAAAAUUUACUCAUCAGAAAUCUGCAAAGCUGAGAGAAACGCUACUGAAAAAGUAAUAAUAAACUGACAUUUUGUGAUUAAAUCACUUUUAUGUGAUCAGGGAGCAUAAGUGGCAAUAAAAUAUUUCAUUAUCUAUA